AUGGCGGCAACAGGGUCUCCUGCGCGUAGGGGGCGGGGUUCCGCCAUCGGGGGCGGGGCAGGGAGGCAGAGGGGUCGGGCUAGCAGGCGGACUGCUUCCGAAGCAGGCGGACCUAGUGCGCCGGCGCGGAUCGGACCAACGCGCAGCGCUGUGAGAAGAGCUGGACCGAACGGACCCGAACCGGCAACGAGGAGCCGCUAUCGCGCCCUAGCCCGGCCUUCUUCGACUUCGGCGCUUCGGUCUUGGGGUCCCGGGUUCCUCAGCACACCCAGCUCCAGCCGCCCCCAGAGCCUGCUUCCAGUCCUUCGGAAGUCCCGGCACCAGCCCGGGCCCUUGGCGGGGAGGAUGACGGAGCUGCAGUCGGCACUGCUACUGCGAAGACAGCUGGCAGAGCUCAACAAAAAUCCAGUGGAAGGCUUUUCAGCAGGUUUAAUAGAUGACAAUGAUCUCUACCGAUGGGAAGUCCUUAUUAUUGGUCCUCCAGAUACUCUUUAUGAAGGUGGUGUUUUUAAGGCUCAUCUUACUUUCCCAAAAGAUUAUCCCCUCCGGCCUCCUAAAAUGAAAUUCAUUACAGAAAUCUGGCAUCCGAAUGUUGAUAAAAAUGGUGAUGUGUGCAUUUCUAUUCUUCAUGAGCCUGGGGAAGAUAAAUAUGGUUAUGAAAAGCCAGAGGAACGUUGGCUCCCUAUCCACACCGUGGAAACCAUCAUGAUUAGCGUUAUUUCUAUGCUGGCAGACCCUAAUGGAGACUCACCUGCUAACGUUGAUGCUGCGAAGGAAUGGAGGGAAGACAGAAAUGGAGACUUUAAAAGGAAAGUUGCCCGUUGUGUAAGAAAAAGUCAAGAGACUGCUUUUGAGUGACAUUUAUUCAGCAGCUAGUAACUUCACUUAUUUCAGGGUCUCCAAUUGAGAAACAUGGCACUGUUUUUCCUGCACUCUACCCACCUAUUGCUGGACUUCUGAUGUAACUAGUUGGCAAACACUGGCUGGAACUGGGCUGCAAUAAAACAUGCCAGUUAUCAAUGCUGACAAGAGCCUAACAAGUGCCAACUUACAGAUGAUUACGCAUUUUGAAUUCUAAUGAACUGUUUUAACCUUCAGGAAGAAUUGUAAAGACCUGUACAUAGCACAACAUGAUCCGGAUAAUAUAUAUACUGUUCAUGUACAUCCACAAAUACACCUUGUACCAAAUAAUGCUUUCUUGUAGUAGAAUAAGAAUCGUGUAAAUUCUAAAAGAUUUUAGCAGGUUUUCUUUCCCUAUUCAUUGUUUCUUAUCAGUUUUUCAAGACUCCUUAAAGCAUGUCAGAUGAAAAGCAAUUAGGAUUAAAAGUUUCCAUUUAAUUUCCUUUUAAACCAUUGAGGCUUCAUUAAACUCUUUUCACUUACUUAACUUUUGUAUCUUCCUUGUUCUGACACACUACCCUUUGCUUUAUCCCUUCUGUUUGCCAGAAAGUUCUUAAUCAUUUAGUUCAAAUACUGAAAUACUGAAUAAACAAUUACUUGAUUUUUAUGAUGACUUCGGAAGAUUGGUCAUCAUUAGGUGCUUCGUCCUUUUUGUAAUCUAGUUGCACCCAUCUCUUGGAUUGGAUGUAGCAAUAACAUUUUUGGCUGUUGAGAGCUCUUGAACCCAUCAUUACCCCUGAGAACUAAAAAGCAUUGGUUCUGAAUUCAGUUUAUUGAAAUUCAGACCAAACAAUACAAUAUUCUAAUUUGGUUUCAUUUUGCCCUCCAGUUGCCUAAUGUUAAGGUUGGAUAAAUAAAGCAUGCAGAGCUAUAGGCUUUCUACUUAACUUCUGGGUUUGCUAUUAAAAAUGCUAUUUACCUUCAUACCCCUUUCAUUGGCCCUUCCUAAUUCUUUGCCUCUAUUCUUCUACACUGCAGAUUUUUCUCACCUAUUGUACAAAGAAAUUGUGAUGUAUAUUUUCAUGUAAUUUGAUUUUGGAAUUCUGUCACCUUAUGUAGUGAGUUCUUCCAAAAUAUAAUUUUUUUCCAAUAA